AUGGACCUCUGUCUUACCAUCAAGGGCGUCUCCUUCCUCCUGCAGGCAGGUCUGGGAAUCUGGGGCAACGUUCUUGUCCUGCUGUCAUACAUUCACAUUUCCUGUGUUGAGCACAGGCUGCAGCCAGUGGACUUAAUCCUGUGCCACCUGGCCUUUGCCAAUCUGAUGGCCCUGCUUACCCGCUCUGUGCCGCAGACGAUGACUGUCUUUGGCAUGUACAACCUGCUAGAUGAUCUGGGCUGCAAGGUGGUCAUAUACUCUUACCGCAUCACUCGCGCCCUCUCAGUCUGCAUCACCUGUAUGCUGAGCAAUUUUCAGGCGGUGACCAUCUCCCCAGCAGGGCCGCGCUGGACAGCCCUCAAGGCCCAUCUGCCACACCUUAUUCUGCCCGCAUUUGCUGGCCUCUGGCUCCUCAACAUGGCUGUUUGCAUUGCUGCACCGUUCUUCUCCAUCGCUCCACGCAACAGCACUGUGCCACCUUUCACGCUCAACCUCGGCUUCUGCCAUGUCAACUUCCGAGACAACCUGUCGUAUGUCAUCAAUGGUGUGGCUGUCUCUGUACGGGACUUUACCUUUGUCGGGCUCAUGCUCUGGUCCAGUGCCUACAUCCUCUUGCUCCUGCACCGUCACAGCAACCAGGUGAAGAGCAUCCGCAGCUCCAACCGCCGUUCCCAUGGCAACACAGCUGAGACCCGAGCAGCCAAAACAGUGGUUUCUCUGGUUAUCCUGUAUGUCGUCUUCUUUGGUAUUGAUAACAUUAUUUGGAUAUACAUGCUCACGGUUGCUCAGGUGCCCCCAGUUAUUGCUGACAUGAGGGUCUUUUUCUCUUCAUGCUAUGCAUCCUUCAGUCCCUUCCUCAUCAUCAGCUCUACUAAAAAGAUCAAGGCCAGGUUGGUCUGUGCGGCAGGUGAUGAAGAGCAAUUGUUGAGCAGUGGAGAUGCUAAGGUCUGA